AUGAAUUACAAAAUUAACAUUUUAUUGGUUCUAUUUAUUAAUUUAGUGUCAAUUUCAUUUUUGGCAUCGUCAAAUGAUGUUGUAGAACAUGAAUAUGAUUAUGGUCCACUUGUACUUGAUGUACCUUAUACUAGUUCAGAAUCAAUAUAUGAUAAAGCUGAUUUAGCAUUAUCUAAAUGGAAUAGAAGAACUAAGAAAGAUCUUAAAAUGUGUAAAGUAAUUGCUGUCUCACUAACACGUUUGACUGAACCAGUAAAAGAUUCUGAAUACAAAAUAUUAUAUGCUGCAAAAGAAAGAAAAUGUAAAUGGAAAAUAUUAUCCAAAUGGGAAUAUAAAUGUUUCAGAAUCCUUAAAGCUAAAAUUCUAGAUUCUGGUUAUCUAUCAACAUUUGAAUUAAAAAAAUCUAAAGAGUACAAAGAUUAUGUAGAUAUUAAGAAAUUAAAGUGUCAUUUUGACAUGUAA